UUUUUUCCUUUUACGGAAUUUUUUUUGUAGAGAAUAAAUGAAGAUAAUAAUACUUAAUUGAACAGUUUAAAGGUAGAGAAAACAGGAAGAAAAGGAAAAUUUAAUUUUGAAACAUAGUUUAUCUUCAAUUUCGACUCUUUAAAAUUCAAAAUUCAACCGGAAAAAAUGAAGAGAAACACUAGCUAAUUUGAAUCUUUUUGAAAAAAUUUAAAAAAAUAAUUUAUGGAACAUCAUUAGUAAUUUUGCCUGAUUAAGAUUAAUUUUAGAAUUUUGAUGACAUGUUUUAAAUAGGUUAAAAUCCAAUCUGCACGUUGUUAUAAUAUAUAACAAAUUGGACCAAGCUGUAUUUCUAACAAAGACAAACAAUUAUUUCUUCUAGAUUUUCCAGAACAAAAAUUUGAAAUGAAAUUCUAAAGACUUUGAAAUAAGAUUCAAACUUGAUUCUAAAGAUGUUCUAGAUUUUCCAGAAUAAUUUUUUUGAAUGUUAAUCAUAACAAGUUUGAAGAAAUAUUUCACAAAUAUUCUUCGUCGAAAAAACAGAAGCUAAAAUGAAGAAUUAAAUUGAAAUGUAUUUAUUAUUCUUUACAAUAAAAAAAAAAUAUACUUGAUUUAAAUUGUCAGGAAAGAAGAGGAAGGAAUUUAAAAGGUAAAAAGGUAUAUGUGUUUAAAAAUCCUAAAAUUAUUUUUAAGGUUUUAUUUUUUCUCUAAAAUUGUAUUUCUGAAAGCUAAAAGAAUCAAAGAAAAAAAAUAAAUGAAUUUAUUUAAACAAGUGAAGACCAAGUCUUUAAAAUAUUUUCCCUUGAUUUUCAAAUUCUAUUUGAGUUUUGUCUCUCUUAGAAUUAAAAAUGUCGAGCAAAGCGAGACCAGCUUGCUAAUAAAUAAAUGAAAUUAAAAAAAAAUAGAGGCAGCUCACUGGUAAGUGCUGCUAUUUGAGCUAUUUUUAGAACAGGCCAGCGGGCGACUCAUCUGGUCCUUACGGGGAACCUGGUGCCCGCGGGCACCGCGUUGGUGACCUCUGAUCUUUAUAAACCUAUUCUCCUUCUUCUUCUCCAGAUUUGUCCUUGACAAUUACCAAACAUUCCCAGAUUUCCCAGAAUUCCAGGUUUUCCGGGACAUGUUUGCCGAUUCAAAAUGAAUUGGCCAUUUUUCAAAUUUCCACCAUUUCCACAUUUUUCAACCUGUUCAAACCAUUCCACUUUCAACACAUUCCACCCUUCAGAAAAGUCAAUUUCUUCUUUUCCAAGUUAAAAAAAUUCCUGGAUUAUCCAGAAUUCCUGGUUUUCCAAAGCCCCAUUUCCACCAUUUUCUGGCGACUACUCCUUCUACAUUUUCAACGCAUUUCAACCGUUCCAUCGUCAAAACAUUCCUCUUGAUCAGGAAAAAAAAAAGUUGUUUUUUGAACUGAAAAAAUUCCCUGUUUUCCUGAAAUUCCAGGAAUUCCGUAAUACCAUUUCUCAAUUCAAAAUGUUUCUUCUUCUACAUUUCUUGACCAAUUUGAAACAUUUCAACACCAACCUUUUCAACUCAUUCAGCCCAUUUAAGUUUUUUACCAUUUAAAAAAAUCCCUAUUUCCCGAAAUUUCCAAAUUUUGGGGCAAUUCCCAUUGAAAUCAAUGUAAAAUUCUUCAAAGUUACACAACUCACACAUUUUUCCUCUGAUUCAAACGUUCUAGCUUCAAAAUAUUCAGUCUGCUCAGGAAUUGUGUGCUCUACUUCAAUAAUUCUUGAAAAAUUCCAGGAUUUCAGUUCAACUUCGGCAUUGUAACAUUCACACAUUCACAUCUCGUUAUUCUUCAUCUCCAGAUUUUGGCGCGUUCUACCUUCAAAAAUGUUCAUCCCAUUCAAACCGUUCCAACUUCAAACUGUUCAGCCAAUUCAGGAAUCACGUGCUUUCCUUUGACAAAUUUCCAAAAUUCCCAGAUAUCCCAGAAUUCCAGAUUUUCCAGGACAUUUUUCCCCAUUCAAAAUGUUCACCAUUUUCACAUUUUUCAACCUAUUCAAACCAUUCCACCUUCUCCACAUUCCACCAUCCCGGAAAUGUAAACUUCUUUUCCAAGUUAAAAAUUAAUUAUUGGAUUUUCCAGAAUUCCUGCUUUUCCAAAGGCCUAUUUUCACCAUUUUCUGGCGACUACUCCUUCCACUUUUUCAACACAUUUCAACCGUUCCACCGUCAAAACAUUCUUCUUGAUCAAGAAAAAAAAUAAAGUUGUUUUUUGAACUGGAAAAACUCCCUGUUUUCCCAAAAUUCCAGGAAUUCCGUAAUACCAUUUCUCAAGUCAACAUGUUACUACUUCUACAUUUAUUGACCAAUUUGAAAAAUUUCAACACCAACCAUUUCAACUCAUUCAGCCCAUUCAAGUUUUUUACCAUUUAAAAAAAAAAUCCCUAUUUCCUGGAAUUUCCAAUUUUUGGGGAAAUUCAUAUUUAAAUCAAUGUGACAUUCUUCAAAGUUCCACAACUCCCACAUUUUCCCUCUGAUUCAAACCGUUCCAACUUGAAAAUAUUCAGCCUGUUUAGGAAAUGUGUGCUUUACUUCAACAAUUCUAGAAAAAUUCCAGGAUUUCAGUUCAACUUCAGCAUUGUAACAUUCACACAUUCACAUAUCGUUAUUCUUCAUCUCCAGAUUUUGGCGCGUUCUACCUUCCACAUUUUUCAUCCCAUUCAAACCGCUCCAACUUCAAACUGUUCAGCCUUUUCGGGAAUCACAGGCUUUCUAUUGACAAAUUCCCCAAACUCCCAGAUUUCCCAGAAUUUCAGGUUUUCCGGGACACUUUUCCCCAAUCAAAAUGAAUUGGCCAUUUUUCAAACUUCCACCAUUUCCACAUUUUUCAUCCUGUCAAACCAUUCCAUAUUGAACACAUUCCACCAUCUUGGAAAAUUAAACUUGUUCUUUUCCAAGUUACAAAUAAAAAUAUUGGAUUUUACAGAAUUCCUGGUUUUCCAAAGCCCUAUUUCCACCCUUUUUUCUGACGAGUACUCUUUCCGCAUUUUUUAACCCACUUCAACCGUUCCACCGUCAAAACAUUCCUCUUAACCAGGACAGAAAACAAAGUGUUUUUUGAACUGGAAAAAUUCCCUGUUUUCCCGACAUUCCAGGAAUUCCGGAAUACCAUUUCUCAAUUCAGCAUGUUACUACUUCUAUAUUUCUUGACCAAUUUGAAAAAUAUAAACACAAACCAUUUCUACUCGUUCAGAACAAUCAAGUUUUUUGUUUUGUUUUUAGCAUUUUCAAUAAAAUUCCCACUUUUCCCGAAAUUCCCAUUUCUUUCUGAAUUCCCAUUGAAAUCAAUGGGACAUUCUUCAAAGUUCCACAACUUCCACAUUUAUCUUCUGAUUCAAACUCUUCCAACUCCUAAAUAUUCAGCCUGUUCAGGAAUUGUGUGCCCUACUUCAACAAUUAAAAAAAAAAAUCCCGGAUUUCCCAUAAUUCCUUUUUUAUUUUUGCAUUUUUCCCUUUAAAGAUUAAUUGCCUAUUUUUCAAACUUCCACAAUUCACACAUUCCUCAACCCAUUCAAACCAUUCCACCUUUAACACAUUCCACUAUUCUGGAAAUUCAAACUACCCUCUUUCCAAGCUCUAAAAAAUUGCCAGAUUUUCCCGAAAUUCCCUAUUACCAUUUAAUACUUCAACAUUUCUUACGCGAUUUUAAAUUCAGCUCAUUCAGGACAUUCAUAGUCCUAAUCAUUUUCCAAAAAUGCUGCUUUUCCCAAAAUUCCCAAAUUUCCAGGAAGUUCCCAUUGAAAUGAAUGGGACAUUUUUCCAAGUUGCACAAUUCCCACAUUUUUCAAGCUAUUCAAAGCAUUCCAACAUCAACACAUACUACUCAUCCUGGACAUUGAAACUAACUCUUACCCAAGUUCCAAACCAAAUUUCGGUUUUCCUGGAAAUUGAAACUCUUCAACAUUCAAACCGUUCCAACAUUCAAACUGUUCUUACAGUCAUUCUACAUUCUGUCAGCAUUUCACUUCAACUUCAGCAUUGGAGCGUUAGCAUUGUCUUUGUUGACGCACUUUAAUCCCGCGUGCGCCUCCUGGUUCGCUAAUCCGAUUAGCGGCCUGCUUGUUGUCUUCACGCUCGUCCUGGUCUGGUCUUGGUCUUUCACCAUGCCGGUCUUUUACUCGCCUCUGUCAGAAAACCUGCGCGUCGCCCUGGCCCACGUGGGGAGUUCUGUUUGGACCAGCAACAGGACGGCGGAACACUUGGGCAAUGACCACGAUGACCACUCUGAGGUCAACGAGCUGGUGUCUCACCUUCCUCUGCAGAUGUUGCUCUACUUCAACAUGUUCUACUUCCCCUGCUGGUGGUUCUCCUCCGUCUUCAUGCUGCAGUCUAAGUACCAGUACCUCCCGGCGUACUACCAGGGUCUUCUCAUCACAGGCGUGGUCCUCCUGACGCUGGUGGAGGGGCUCAGACUCUACCUGGGUUACCUUGGCAACCUGAGUGAGAAGGUCCCGGAACUGUCAGCCUUUUGGCUGCUGACGUUCCUGUUCCAGCUGCCGGUGAUUCUCUUCUUCCUGACGGACGAGGAGAUCCUCAUCCUGCCUCUGGAGCGGGCCGUGCACGCCCUCUACCUGACCUUCCUGCUGGCCCAGAUCCUGGUCGCCACCUUGGCGCUGCGGAGGAUGACCCGGAAGCUCACCUUGCUCUUCCACCUGCGCCAGCUGGGCAAAGUGGACAGCUUGGGCCAGCGCUCCACGCCCGUGUUCAGCCUGACGUACCGCCGCAGCGUGUUGCCUGUGUCGCCCACCUGUGCCGCUUACCCCUGAACUAUGCAUAUAUAUUUUAUUUUUUUUAACCUACAACACAAUUUCAUCAGGGCCUAAGCAACAAAAAGCUGCCAAAGCCCUGCUAUUGAAAUGACACUAUUUAUUAUUAUUCUCCAUUUUUGAGGGCAGGAAAAUGCAUGAACCCGUACUUUAUACAAACCCUGUGUCCAUAUGAGUUGGGAAAUUGUGUUAGAUGUAAAUAUAAACGGAAUACAAUGAUUUGCAAAUAUUUUUCAACCCAUAUUCAGUUGAAUGCACAACAAAGAUAAACAUAUUUGAUGUUCAAACUCAUAAACUUUAUUUUUUAUUUUUUUGCAAAUAAUAGUUAACUUAGAAUUUCAUGGCUGCAACACGUGCCAAAGUAGUUGGGAAAGGGCAUGUUCACCACUGUGUUACAUCACCUUUUCUAUUAACAACGCUCAAUAAACGUUUGGGAACUGAGGAAACUAAUUGUUGAAGCUUUGAAAGUGGAAUUCUUUCUCAUUCUUGUUUUAUGUAGAGCUUCAGUCGUUCAACAGUCCGGGGUCUCCGCUGUUGUAUUUUACGCUUCAUAAUGCUCCACACAUUUUCCAUGGGAGACAGGUCUGAACUGCAGGCGGGCCAGGAAAGUACCAGCACUCUUUUACUACGAAGCCAUGCUGUUGUAACACGUGGCUUGGCAUUGUCUUGCUGAAAUAAGCAGGGGCGUCCAUGAUAACGUUGCUUGGGUGACAACAUAUGUUGCUCCAAAACCUGUAUGUACCUUUCAGCAUUAAUGGUGCCUUCACAGAUGUGUAAAUUACCCAUGCGUUGGGCACAAAUACACCCCCAUACCAUCACAGAUGCUGGCUUUUCAACUUUGCGCCUAUAACAAUCCGGAUGGUUAUUUUCCUUUUUGUUCCGGAGGACACCACGUCUACAGUUUCCAAAUAUAAUUUGAAAUGUGGACUCGUCAGACCACAGAACACUUUUCCACUUUGCAUCAGUCCAUCUUAGAUGAGCUCGGGCCCAGCGAAGCCUGCGGCGUUUCUGGGUGUUGUUGAUGAAUGGGUUUUGCUUUGCAUAGUAGAGUUUUAACUUGCACUUACAGAUGUAGCGACCAACUGUAGUUACUGACAGUGGUUUUAUGAAGUGUUCCUGACCCUGUGUGGUGAUAUCCUUUAUACACUGAUGUCGGUUUUUGAUGCAGUACCGCCUGAGGGAUCAAAGGUCCGUAAUAUCAUCGCUUACGUGCAGUGAUUUCUCCGGAUUCUCUGAACCUUUUGAUGAUUUUAUGUACCAUAGAUGGUAAAAUUCCUAAAUUCCUUGCAAUAGCUCGUUGAGAAAUGUUGUUCUAAAACUGUUCGACAAUUUGCUUACAAAUUGGUGACCCUCGCUCCAUCCUUGUUUCUGAAUUACUAAGCAUUUCAUGGAAGCUGUUUUUAUAUCCAAUCAUGGCACCUGUUACCAGUUAGCCUGCACACCUGUGGGAUGUUCCAAAUAAGUGUUUGAUGAGCAUUCCUCAAUUUUAUCAGUAUUUAUUGCCACCUUUCCCAACUUCUUUGUCACGUGUUGCUGGCAUCAAAUUCUAAAGUUAAUGAUUAUUUGAAAAAAAAAAACGUUUAUUAGUUUGAACAUCAAAUAUGUUGUCUUUGUAGCAUAUUCAACUGAAUAUGGGUUGAAAAUGAUUAGCAAAUCAUUGUAUUCUGUUUAUAUUUACAUCUAACACAAUUUCCCAACUUCAAACUGCGAAAAAUUGAGCCCCUGGCCAUAAAUUAUUGUGUCAUCCGGAAAACCCACCAGUGGCGUUUAUCGUGACAAGACGCACGUUAUAGUCUCAAGAACCCAUAUCUGAAAACAAACAAGAAGUCGGUCGUCUUGAUUUCCUUAGGCCAUGUUUAGGCCAAAAACAGGUCGUACUUUAACCAAAUCAUCUGAGGGGCUUUGACCGAAUGAGUUGUGGUUAAAAUAACGGAUACUAGAUGAUGAAUUGCGAAGGAAUUUUGGCUACGCCUUAGGACAGGCGACAUUUUGUUCCGGAGGCCGCAUUGGGCUUAAAACAUUUCCUUGAUGGCUGAAAGCGUGGAAUGUAUGUAUGUAUAUAUAUAAAUAAAUAA